AUGACGCCUGCAGUUCUGAACGGUUCCCCUGCGGCCGAAAACUCGGAUGCCGACGCCGACGUCGAGCUCCAGCUUGCGCCGGUGAACGACGAGGAGGAGCAAGACUCCGUGGCCAACCUCACGCAUCUGCGAAGCUUCCCCCAACCGCUCGCCGAAUGCCAAGUCUGCAUCGUCGGAGCGGGCCCUGCAGGCUUGAUGCUAGGCGCGACGCUCGCGAGAUAUGGAAUCCGCGCCGAGGUGAUUGAUGACAGGGCAGAUCAAACACCCGUGGGAAGGGCAGACGGUCUCCAGCCAAAGACGAUUGAGACGUUCCGACAGCUGCGAUUGGCCGACACCUUGCUCCAGCGUGGCGUGCGCGUCUUCGACAUUUCCUUCUGGCGCAGCACCGCGAGCGAACCCCUUCAUCGGCUGGGCCGCGAGGUACACUACCCCCCCGUCAUCGAUGUCUUGGAUCCGUACAUUCUCCUGGUCCACCAAGGCAUCGUGGAAGGCCUGUUCAUCGACGACAUGCGGAAGCGAGGCAGGGAGGUUCGUAGAAACACGGCCUUUGAUUCCUACGAGUUCCCGGCAGGGAAGGCCGGGCAGCUUCAGGUCAACUGCCGGACCAACGUCACCCACGACAAGCGAACCAUCCUGACGCAAUACCUGGUUGGCUGCGAUGGAGCGCACUCUCAGGUCCGAAAGAGCAUACCCGAUGUCGAGGCCGUCGGCAUGUCCCAGGCCGCCAUCUGGGGCGUUCUCGACGGCGAGCUCAUCACCAACUUCCCCGAUAUCUGGUCCAAGACGCUCGUCUAUUCCGAAGAGCACGGCUCCAUCCUCAUCAUCCCCCGCGAGAGAAACAUGACGCGCUUCUACAUCGAGCUGAAGUCGUGCUCGGGCACCGACAGGCGACAGCUGGGCCAGAACUUUGUCAUGGAGCAGGCGAGGAAAAUCAUGGCCCCUUUCAAGAUUGAUUGGAAGUACAUGGAGUGGUUCGGUCGCUACCAGGUCGGCCAGCGGGUGGCCAGCCGCUUCUGCGAUUCAAACACGCGAGUCUUUCUGUCCGGCGACGCGAGCCACACGCACUCCCCCAAGGCGGCGCAAGGCAUGAACACUUCGAUGCACGAUUCGUGGAACCUUUCAUGGAAGCUCAACCUCAGCGUCCGCGGCCUCGCCAAGCCAGAGCUGCUCGAAAGCUAUGAGGAGGAACGUCGAAAAAUCGCGCUGGACCUGGUCAACUUUGACUACGAGCACGCGAAUCAGAUCGCCGGAGGAGAUGCGGUAGCCUUGGCCAAGAACUUCAAGGCCAAUGUCCGCUUCAUCUCGGGAAUAGGAGCAGAGUACGGAAGCAGUUCCGUGAACAAGGAGGAGAUGGAGGUUCCCAUGGUCGCCGGAGAUGCCCGGCCGGGUUGUCUCUUGCCGCCUGCCAAGGUGACGCGCUACAUCGACUCCAACCCGGUCGAUGUGCAACUGGACAUUCCCAUGCUUGGCCAGUUUCGAAUCUUCCUGCUCACCUGGGACGUGCAGCAGGCGGCGCCGUUCCUGGCCACCUUUUGCCUUGCCAUUGCCGAGAACAAGUCGUUCUUGAGCCAGCUGUCCGCCGCGGCCAGCGCAUCGUACGCCGCCCAGCCUCGGCUGGGGUCCGCCGAGGACGUGUACGUCAGACCGGAGAGGUACACGGCAGUCAGCCACCUGUUCACAUUUGGGCUCAUCACAACGAUGGCCAAGGCCGAGCUGGAGAUCUCGGAUCUCCCCACGAUGCUCCAAGACAGCCGCUGGACCAUCUACCUCGACGACAUUCCCGACAAGGAUACAAGAGGCCAAACUUGCACCAACAAGUGGCUGGGCAGCCUCGAGCCUGGCGAUGUCGCCAUCGUGAACGUCCGCCCUGACGGCUACGUCGGGUCCAUAGGACGGUGGGAUUCGAGCGUCGACGACGCAGGCGUGCAAGCUGCACGAUGGCUGGACGAGUAUUAUUCUGGCUUCAUGCAGCUCCCGUCGCCGAGGCGCUGA